GAACAAACGGAUCAGAUCGAAAAAAAUUAUUUCAAAAAGGUUUUUUUUUAAUCUAUCCAAGUAUUUAAUUUCUUUUAUAAUCAAUUAGAAAAGUUUGUUAAAUGACAAACCUUACAAAAGCAAAUCAAAGAGCGAGAGAACUCGAUGCUGCUCGAUGUAAAGGUAGCUGGAACGAAGUUCCAGAAUUAGCGAGAAAAUAUCGAAAACAUAAUCCGUCAGGAGUAGUUCUUCAGCAAUCAGCAUUAGCAGAACAUGCUUUAGUGCAGGCAAUAGAAAAAAUAGAAUGUAAUUAUGAUGAUGAUUCGCCAAAACACAUUACUUUACAGCCUACUAUUGAUGAAGCAAAAAUCAAGGAGGUAUUUGAGAAAAUCGAAGUUGCCUUGGCCGAAGCUCAAGAUCAAGAGAAAAAGUAUGCAUCAAUUAUACUCGCGAGAGCCUAUUUUGUUGUUGGAAAAUAUGGCAAAUGUGUGGAAGUUUUAAGUACAAAUUUUGUUCCAUCAGAACUACCCAUAGGAUAUAACUUUGUACUUAUCAUUCAAGGAUUAGUUCUUAAAGGAAUGGCUCAUGAAUCUUUAAGUGAUUUCGAUGAAGCCAUUGUAUGUUAUGACCAAGUUGCGGCAUUGUUGUCACCAAAUUCUAACGAAAAACAAGAUCAAUUGUCUAAUUGGUCUGAAGAAGCUUUAUAUCGCGCACCUUUGUUGAAAGUACGAUUAGGUGACACGAAAGGAGCUCUUCAAUCAUUUCGCACAUAUCAGUCAUAUGCUACACUUUGGGGGGAUAAAUUCAGAAUCAAUAAACGUGCAGUUAUAUACAAGUAUUUUAUUAAAUUAUUAUCAAAAAUAUAUCAAGAAGGAACGUACGAUCCACCAAGUGUUACGUCAAAUGAGCAGUCUACAAUUUAUACUCCACACACAUUUCGUGUUGAAUUGACUGAAUUACAUUUAUUGUAUGAAAAUGUCAUAUUUCAAAUUACUUCUUUUCCAAAGGCUGGAGAAGCUAAUUGGAGGGUUUUGGAAAUGGUUGAUCAAGUUAUGUCUGACUGGACUAUAUUGGGUGGUGGAACUUCUGCAGAAAUGCGUGAAUUAAUUGAGAUGCUUCAUCGUGCAACACAUAAAACAUUUCAAUCUCCAAGAAUAUUGCGACAUCUCAUAAAUUCAUUGAUUACUUACGGAGAUUAUGAAGAAGCUGAAUUGGCUCUUAGUGCAUAUAUUGCACUUGUUGAAAAAGCGAAAGAAACAAAAAUUGAAGAUAUUGAAAGGCAAAUGCAAGAAUCGCUAGAGGAAACUAAAGAAUGUUCUACACUAGUUAAGCAUGAAAUGACGAUUGAAACUUCUGAACAAGUUAUACAAACGCUGAUUACUGGCUCAGUACUGAUGGCAAAAUAUAUGAAUAAGGCUAAAGAAGCAUUAGAAGUUGCACAAAAAGCCUUACUUUGGUAUAAAGAUGACAGCAAUUUAGAUGAUGAAGAAUUAUACGCACAUGUUUUGAGAUGUGUUGGAGUUGGAUAUAGUUUAUUUGCUGCUGAAGAAACUGAUCCUGGCAAACGAUCAGAAUUUCAUAAUAAAGCUAUUGAAGUAUUGAACGAGUCAAUAUUAUUGGAUUCGGAAGCAUUUGAAUCUCAUUAUCGAUUAUCGCUUGAAUAUGCCACAAUAAGGGACAUUAGCCAAGCAAUAAUUAGUAUAAGACAAGCUAUAAACCUUAAUAGUUCAAGCAUACCAUGUUGGCAUUUAUUAGUGUUAUUACUUUCUUCCCAAAAGGAUUCUCAGGGGGCUCUUAAGGCAUGUGAAUUAGGAAUAAAAGAAUCGGAUUGGGAAGCGGCUGAUUCAACGGGUGAUUAUAGUACAUCUUCUGCCAUGGGAAAUGAUGAUGGAGAUGAAUUUAUUUCGUUGAAAUUGACGCAAAAUGCAUUACAAGAGUUAGUUAAUGGAUCUGAUGCUGCUAUAAAUAAUUUUGAUAAAUUGUUUAUGUUAUACGCAAAAAUGUUCCCAGACUAUAAUAUUAUAGCAUCACCAAAUGGAUCAGUUUACGAUGUUUCAAGUUUACGAAAACAAAACAUGACGUAUGAAGAAACACUUACACCUGUUACGGCGGCUAAACUGCCUGUUAGUAAUAAUAGUGUUAAGAGCUUUACUAGUGCUGACAAAAAGGAAGGUUACAUAAGUACUGAAGGUUCGAUUUCCAGUGCUGGUAAUAAGGAUACACUUGAUGUACCUAAAGCGAAUUAUACGCCAUCAAUAGCAUCAUCAAGAAAUUCAGCGUCUUCUGGAUUAAAACGAAGUCCUGCACAAACAAUUACAGGUGUACAAUUAUCUACAGCAAAAUCAGCUACUAUACAAUCACCACAAGCAACAUUAAAGACAAAACAACGUCGUCAACGUGCUACUAAAGUAUUGACGGACUUAUGGCUUGCUUCAGCUUCAACUUUUCGAAGACUUGGAAAUUUGGAAGAAGCGCAAAAAGCCAUUGAAAGUGCCGAGGAAGUUGAUGAUUUAAGUCCCGAUGUUUGGUGUCAGUUCGGGUUAUUGUUAUUUGCACAAGAAAGUUAUGCAGAUGCUAUAACUUCUUUUCAUAAAGCUCUUUCAAUUGACAAUAAUCAUACGUAUAGUUUGGUACAUUUAUCCAGAGUUUAUAUGAAAAUGGAUGAUCUAGAGAUGGCAGAAGGACUUUUAGAUAAUGUUACAAAAAGUAAUGGAUGGAGCUGUGCAGAGGCAUGGUUUUAUCUUGGUAAAAUAUAUCAAGCAACUAAUAGAGUUAAGAGAACGAAGGAUUGUUUGUGGUAUGCUUUGGAGUUGGAAGAAACCAACCCUGUUAGGCCAUUUAGGAUUUUACCUGGAUGUUUAUAAUAAUUACAAUAAUUCAACCAAAUUUUUAAGAACUUUUUAUUUUUUUUUGGUAUAGACUUGUAAUUUGAACUGCAUUAUAAUUUAUUUACAGACUGUUAUGUUAUUUAUAGAACUUUGUUAAAUUAAAAAUUAAAAUAUUUUAAAUCGCUU